UUUUUUUUAUCUUAGCUUUAUGCAAACAUAUUCUGUGACCAUUUUUUUUUCCCUUAAAAAGUACAAUAUGGGUAUGAACUUAGGAAAACCCUACCUAGCCUUUGAACUGAACUGACUUUUUCCCAUUGCAAAGAUUUUACACUGCCAGUUCUUGGUAAUCUUCACCCAUUAAUGUAACUGCAUGAAAUAUCAAUUUAUAUUGGGUUAAAUUAGCACACAGCAGUACUUAAUUUACACUUAGAAAUAAGUGCUGUAAAAUAUAGUGUCCAUCUGGCAUUUUCUCCGAUCUAGAAAUAUGGUUUUAGAUGAUGAUGGAGCUGCUAAGAUACUGGCCCAUUACAGCUUUUGGGAGAGUCCCACUCUUACAACACUUCAUUGUCCAUGGGUGAUAAUUAACAGUGCUUCCUGUUUUCUCUUUCCUGCCAUGUUCUGCAGGUAUUAAUGAUUUCCCUCUCGCACUAAGGUCAUCUUACAACUGGGAAGCAUAAUUAAGCUAAAUUAGAGAAGCUUGUUCUCCAUCUGCAAUUCAUUUGAAGUUCAUAGUUUUGUUGCUUUUUGUUCUUUUCCCUUCAGAAUGGAAGGAUGGGCUGAGUGCCUGUUUAUACCAGUUGACUUAGAUAUUAGGUCCUGCUUUACAGCUCAGUUUAGAUAUAUUUUAUUAUCCUCUGACGCUAAUAUUUGCACAUCCUCUUGGAAUUCAUUUACCCUAAGCACUUUAUCAGUUCUUGGAAUUUGUUCACCCUAAGCAGUUUUUUUGCGGUUUUCUGGCAUGUUUGUUCUCUGUGGGAAGCUGGUGGCAGUGUCAUUCAGGUUACCUGUUCUCAGUGCUUUCCUUUGGGUCCCUUCACUCUGAAAGUUCGUUGACUCACCUCCUCCUCCCCUGUGAUAUUGCAGAACAGUAUUAUGUUUACUAUGGAUUAUAGUUUUAACUGUUUCUGUGUUUCUUUCAGAGUAACUUUUUUCUCCAUUUGUACUAUUUUUCACCUUGUUCAAAAUGCUGGCUUGGCAUUUUUGUAUGGUGAUUAUUUUUUUCUCCAAAAUGAAUGCAUCUGCAGCAGCCACAGCUGUAAAACCCUGGGUGAGCUGCAUUUGUGCUUUUCAGAAGCGAAGCAAUAAUGAACAGCUUCUAAACACUUUGUAAUUACUGAACAAUGGCAUAGCCUGUUCUUGUCUCAAAAGUAGGACAAGACUGAAUGAACGCUGCCUUUUUUUGGAAGAGAGCUGCACUCCAGGGUUAAUCCCAGGAGGAGGCAGCCUGCCAUGUUCUGUGGUGGAAGAAGAUAAGCAGCGUCAUUGGCAUGGGAGGAGGCAAGCUUUAGGAUAUACCUGAAAAUCCCGGACGCACUGUUAGGCCCUUGUGUGCAGGAACAGCAGUGCUUACAGCCUUCAGAAUGUCCAACUCGAAUGCAACGUUCCGUCGUAGUCACCGAGGUGCUCAGGAAGCUGGCAGGCGGGAGCUCAUUUCUAGAUCUUUGCAGAGUGCUCAGCAUUGCUUGGAGGACCAGGAUUAUGGAACUGCAUAUGCUCACUAUCUCCUAGUACUAAAUCUAGCUCCCGAGCUGAAAACCAGUGUGAAAGAAACAUUCCAAUUUACUCUCUUUAAAUGGGCAGAAGAACUGGAUUCUCUAGCACGAAUUCAAGAUCUAUUUAACUGUUAUGAACAGGCACUUGAGCUGUAUCCAAAUGAUGAAGUGAUAUGUAACAGUAUGGGAGAACAUCUUUUCAGAAUGGGCUUUAGAGAUGAAGCAGCUGGGUAUUUUCACAAAGCAGUGAAGCUUAACCCAGAUUUUGCUGAUGCAAAGGAGAAUUUCUACCGUGUUGCAAACUGGCUUGUGGAACGUUGGCACUUCAUCAUGCUUAAUGAUGCCAAGAGGAAUCUUACUUACCUAAAAGCAAUAGAGAAUGCUGUGUGCUCAGGGUGCAAGUCUGUCCUUGAUAUCGGAACAGGAACAGGAAUAUUGAGUAUGUUUGCAAAGAAGGCAGGAGCAUCUUCCGUCUUUGCCUGUGAACUGUCAAAAACCAUGUAUGAACUUGCCUGUGAUGUAGUGGCAGCAAAUAACAUGGACAGAGAAAUCAAGCUUCUACAUUUGAAGUCAUUUGAUAUAGAAAUUCCAAAGCACAUACCGGAAAGAGUUUCCUUAGUUGUCACAGAAACUGUUGAUGCUGGUUUAUUUGGUGAAGGGAUCGUGGAGAGCUUGAUACAUGCUUGGGAACAUCUUCUUUUACAGCCAAAGCCAAAAAAUCAAGAUGUCCAUAGUAACGACUACGGGCAAGUUAUUCCUGCAAGUGCUACAGUAUUUGGAAUGGCAGUGGAAUGCAAAGAGAUACGUAGACAUCACAGAGUGGGAGCACACGAAGUUGCUGGUGUACACUUGCCACAUUCUGUGAAGUUCUUUAGUCCAAUGUAUGCCUUUGCUGGCUCAGAGGAAACUGUCGAACCUUACACCACUGAAAAGCUCAGUCGAAUUCCUGGAGGUUAUGUACCUUUGACAGAACCCUUUCAAGUAAUGACAGUGGAUUUCAACAAUCUGCAGGAGCUGAAGAGCCUUGCGCACAUAAAGCCCUGGAAGCUCAGCCAGCCAGUCACUAAAGGAGGAGUGCUAGAUGCUAUUGUGGUAUGGUUUGUACUGCAGCUUGAUGAUGAGCACGCUCUAUCUACGAGUCCCAGUGAAGAAACUUGCUGGGAACAGGCAGUCUAUCCUGUGCAAGGCCUCCCUGAUUAUUCUGUGAAGGCUGGAGAUACUGUGAUGAUGGAAGUUUGCUGCCAAGACUGCUACCUGAAGAUCCAGAAGAUUUCUUUUUUAACUUCAGAGUGUGGGAUGGACUGCAGUGACAGAGAUGACACGCUGAGUUUGGGCAAUGAGGCUGAUUUAUGUAAUGCUCUGGCUAGUCUUCAGACAACUAGCAAACAGGAUGAGAAAGGUCAAGUAUGUGUGUUGGAAUCCACAGAAAUAGCCCUGCUGAACAAUGUACCAUACCACGAAUGCUUCAGAGCUGCCAUGGGUGAGGUUCUGUCAUCAUUAAAUCCAAGUAAGGACUUGGAGUCCAUGGAUAUUGACAGAUAUGGCAGUGGGGUGAACCUCCAAGAAAGCCAGAACAAGAGCUCUUUAGAUGUGGUUCCUGAUCCUUUGUACGUACUAGAUGUAUCUGAAGGCUUCUCCAUCCUACCAAUUAUAGCUGGCAAACUUGGGCCAGUUAAAGCCUACAGCUCUAUUGAGAAAGAACAGCAUCAGGCAGUCCUUAAUGUAAUUUCAGAAGCUAAUAAUUUCCCUAAGGAAACUGUAGAAUUUUGGCUCAGCCAUUUAGAAGAUGAAAAUGUGGUGCUACAGAGACCCAAAUCCGAUAAAUUAUGGAGUAUUAUUAUUUUGGAUGUUAUAGAGACAUCUGGUUUAAUCCAGCAGGAGGUGAUGGAAAAGGCUGCAAUAUCCAGAUGUUUACUUCAGAGCGGAGGGAAGAUAUUUCCACAGUAUGUGUUGGUAUAUGGGAUGCUUGUAGAAUCGCAGUCUUUGUUACUGGAGAGUGCUGUUCAAGGCACAGAACCAACUCUUGGGUUUAAUAUAGCUCCUUUUAUCAACCAGUUCAAGGUACCAGUUCGUGUUUAUUUGGAUCUCUCUACAUUACCGUGUGUACCUCUGAGUAAGCCAGCAGAACUAUUAAGGCUAGACCUCAUGAAUCCUCUGCUAAACAGUGCAAGCAGAGAGGUGAAGGUACAAAUUUGUAAGUCUGGCCAAGUCACUGCAAUUCCCUUCUGGUAUCACAUACAUCUAGAUGAAGAGCAUAGUUUGAAUACAUCUGAUGAGUUCUCGCAUUGGAAACAAGCUGCAGUUGUUCUUGAUGAGCCUCUCCAAGUGCAGGUCGGAGAUGAACUUGUGCUUGAUGUUCAGCACCAUAAAAGCAAUAUUAGUAUUACGGUUAAACAGUGAAGAACGUCCAGUGUGAACUAUACAUACACCAACUGUUCGUAACAUCACUGAUAAUAAUUUAUAUUAAAGUCUAAUUUUUAUGUACUGAUCAAAAAGGCUAUUUUACUGUUUUAAGAGUUGGUAGUCUUGUCCAUCCAAUGGACAGACUAAAAUGGGCACUGCAAGGGUAUCUUACCAAGCAGUUUUGGUUAAUUAUUGCUGGGGCUGCAUCUAAAAAUCUCAGGGACAGAUUUCUAUUGGUGCCCCAUCAUCUGUAGUGAAAGAAAGGCAUUUUAGAUGCUUUAUGUCAGAAGUAAAUAGCUGUGACUGUGCAGUCCUUGUUUCACAAACUUUGGUUCUGCUUCUUGGUAGUCAAAGCAUCCUACAUAAGUGCAUGGAGAUGUUAUCCUAGUAAAAAGGACUGUAAUAGCAUUCCAGCUGCAGCAUCACGUGGUCAUGUUGCAUGUAAUUACAAAAGGUUAUAAAUGAGUGUUGUAAACUAAGUCUAGCUAUGUAGUACAAGGUAAAGCCAGUAAGCCUUUUGGAGUUUCUUACAGAGUCAUAUUUCUGGUAAUAUAAACUUUUUUCCUCUUAAGAAAGCUGAUAAAAUUAAUUACAGCAGCCACCACAAGCAUUUGUAUACUGUUCUUCCAUGCAGUUAUAACAGCAUUUCUUUAUCUUUCUUAAAUCUUCUAUUCAGAUGAAAGACUCACAAGUCAUUUCUCAGCAUUGAUUCUAUCCCUGUAGCUACAGGGAAGAGAGGAACAAGGUAUUUCUGUAGUGAAGCAUUAAGCUUCUUUUUAAUAUUGUUGCUGUCCAUUCCAUGUACAGCACACUUCUGCAAUGUGUCCUUAACAAAAGCCUGUAGAAGAGGCAUUCACAAACAAUUUUUCUAGUCUCAUUGUAUGCAAAAUCAUUGUGUACUCUCCCUUAGGUGAAUGUUUUAGGCAGGCUAGCUGGGAUCACCUUGAGGGACUGAGUAGUUCUGUUGUGGCCACAGGUGUCUUAGCCUGCAGCUCUUGGAUUGCUGUAAUAAAGCUCCUUCUAGAACAGGGAAGGACAGGUCUCCAGUUUAUUUUGAAAACAGUAGUGGUGAUUAAGAUCUCUUAAAAUUAACCAGAUACCAUCCCAUAUUCAAAGGUUACAAUGCAUAAGAAAAUCUAAGAGUAGGACAGAGGCUCUUCAGCGCUGUUUUUUCCCCUGUUUUUACCUGUGCACAUGCUAGAGCAAACAGGAAGUCCCCACCCAUUGCAAGCUCUUACAAGUAAUUUUCUCUUUUUAAAACAUGGCUGUUAACAAGGAAAAGAUUGAGUCAAGCAUAAAUAAGUCUGAUGCCUGAUAAGCUUCUGGAAGAUUUCUUUCAUUAUACUCAAAACACUGGAAGAAAUUACAAGCACUUCUACUCGUUAUGCACAAGAUCCCUUCCUUCACAAAGAGAACAGUUGCCAUCAUCUGUCAUUUACAUUCUAAAUGACAGUAGCAAUAAAUCAAAUGGGAAAAAAAGCCCAACAGUUUAAAUAAAAUAUUUAAUUGCUUAUUUACAACAAAGGCAAUGACUUGGCAAAGUGGAAAGUACGAUUUGCACUUUUCCCCCUAGCUUCAGAUAGAGCAAAUACAGUCAGCUAUAAAAUAGGCAGCCUAGUGAGUAAGGCGCAGUAUUUACAUCACACUAGUACUGCAAAAUAAGCACUUAAGAUGAAUCCCACUGUGACAGACAGAAGUUAAACAUUUAUCCUGUAAACGCCAACAACGCUGGGAAAAAAAAACAAUGAUGCAUCACUUAGUGUUCUCAAUUUGUAAGACUGCAAACAUGCAAUAGUACUAAAAACCCAGUAAUGGGAUUUUUAAAAAAGCAGCUGCUUUUGUCAGUUUUGCAAACUGUUUUGAUACAAAUUUACUCUUCCUUGGUCUAAAAUAUAAUGCUCGAGUAACUCCAGUAUUAGACUAGCUACUUAAUUUCACCUUAGCAAAGGUCUCUUCUCUGGGACACACGCACAAAUGAAUUAUUACGUUUGAAUAGGCUAUACUAGAAGCAUAAUACAAUAAUCACAGAUACAAAUUUAUGAAUACAAACUACCACAGACAUCUCGUUAAAGCACGAUAUGUUAACGGCUUAAAAAUUUAGGUGUUAAAAGAAUUUAUUGCAGCCAAAACCAAAGAAGUCAGUUUUGUUUUCGGUGUAAUUUUUGACAUCCUUUAUUCCCCUCUCCUUACUGUUAUUCUAGGAUAGGAAAAAAAGCCAAAUACGAAGGUACUAAUCCAAAGCUUACCUACCUGGCUGUACACUCUGAAUGCAAAAGACUGAUAAAUUAAGAGGUACAAGAACAAGAGUUAGGCCAACUGUAUUUUAUGGUGAGAACCAACAGGGAAUGCUUUUUCUUUUUUUUACUAGACUUUUUUUUUUUU